GGAGCACGGAGGAGCCAUGCCCAAGUCCAAGCGGGAUCGCAAAGUGUCCCUAACGCGGACGCCCCGCAAGGGGCUGGAGGCCAAGCAGGCGCUAAUCGCCGAGCUGCGGCGCUGUGUGGACACCUACAAGUACAUCUUCGUCUUCUCCGUGGCCAACAUGAGGAAUAACAAGCUGAAGGAUGUACGGAACGCCUGGAAGCACAGCAGGAUCUUCUUCGGGAAGAACAAGGUGAUGAUGGUGGCGCUGGGCCGGGAGCCGAGCAGCGAGUACAAGGAGAACCUGCACAAGGUUAGCAAACACCUGAGAGGGGAGGUUGGGCUCCUCUUCACCAACCGCACCAGGGAUGAGGUGGAUGAGUGGUUCUCCAAGUUCCGGGAGCUGGACUUUGCCCGUGCUGGGAACAAGGCACCGUACGGGGUGAGCCUGGACACGGGGCCCCUGGAGCAGUUCCCUCACUCCAUGGAGCCGCAGCUGCGGCAGCUGGGGCUGCCCACGGCGCUGAAGAAAGGAGUGGUGACACUGCUUUCGGAUUACGAAGUGUGCAAGGAAGGAGAUGUUCUCACCCCAGAACAGGCCCGUGUGCUGAAACUCUUUGGCUAUGAGAUGGCAGAGUUUAAAGUCACCAUGAAGUUUCUGUGGAAUUCUGAGACAGGAGACUUCCAGAAGCUUGUGGGAGACACAGCAGAGGAGGAGGAAGAGGAUGAUGAUGAUGAUGAGGAGGAGGAGGAGGAUGUACAUGAGGAAGGUGGCCUUAGGAUUGGGCAGACUGACCCCUCCCUCAUGGUGGCUCCUGGCACAGGAGGCCCUGAGCCUGUGGGUGUCACCUUGUGCUGCCAAGGCAGUGGCAGAGGAUGCUGCUGGGACACUUUGUGCCUCUUUGAUACCAAUGAUGCUUUCAGGGUAAAAGGGAAUUUUUAGAUACCUCAAGUGCUCUUCACUGCUCCAGUGCCCUACAGCUGAGCCUGGUCACUGCUGUGUCUCCUGAGGGUGAUCUGGAACUUCUUGGUGCUGAAAAAUGUGGGGAGGGGACAGGGAUCACUGACCUGCCACAGACACCAGCACCACUGUGACCUCACAACUCCCCACUCAGCUCCUUCUGGAAGACACAGGGCUGGAUCCAGUGGGGAAGGAGCAGCAGAACCAAAGUGUUCAGUCCACACCUAUUUUAAUUAUCAUGGCUCACCCAUCUAUAAAAUAUAUCG